AAUUAUAAUGCUAUUACUCCCAAUAUUCUUAUAUAAUUAUAUAUUAUAUGCUAAUUAUCGUAGCAAUGUUCCUAGUGUAAUAAAUUCUUGUGCAAUAAUCGGAUCAACUGCCCAAGUAACCGCUUCACGCAAAUGCAACCCUCGGUUGUGCUAGUAUUUUUGACAUUUGUCAUAUUUUCUUCAUUCGUCACUCACACUGCGAACGACGCGGAUUUGCGAGCGAACGAUAAAGAAAAGUAUUUGGCAACUGCUUUCUAAUAAUUUUUUCAUAUAUUUUCUGUGAGUGAUCAAAAUUUCUAAUACAAUUUGCAACAAAAUUUCGUCAAAGUUCACAUGAGUUGAAGUGCAAAAACUCAAGGAAGCAGUUGUGGAAGUCGCAGUCGAAGAAAAAUGUGUGUGUGCCAAUGGCUAAAAGAGGAGUAGUAACAAGGAAGAAGAGAUGUGAAGAAUUGAAUAAUUGUGUUUAUAUGUGUGUGCGGGGAGAGCAAGGGGUCAAAUGUGUCGAGUAUCGAAUGAAGCCAGAGAAUGUCAAAUGCAGAUAGAAAGUGAUAAUUGUAAAUAUAGAGAAUGAGGUUACAACUUUUAUAGAUUCACAUCAUCAAGUUACGCACUGCCAUUACUACUAGACAUCUUAGCGGUAUAAAAAAUAUAGCGUAAUCGUUUAGUCCUGCAACAAAUACAAAAGCAGAUCGUGACAUUAGCACAGUCUGCGUCCACAAUAAAAUUAAAAUAAAUAUUAACUACUAUAAAUAUAUAUAUAAGGUCCUGCAAUCCACAUUGGGUAGCAUUGUUGUUAUAAAAGAAAAAAAUUAAACGCAACGAGUGAAGAAUACAAAAUUUCAGUUUGUCUAAAUAUUUUUGAGGGUAAAACGCAUAAAGUUACACCAAGCACAAUAAUGUCAAAUAACUAUCAGCACCAUAACAGUUACCGCGGUUCAAGCACAUCACAACAGAUGAAUGGACUACGGCCACAUCACCUACAAAACGGUGAUUGUGGCGAGGAUGGUGAUUGCUAUCGCCGCGGUGGUGGCUCAAAUCGUCUCACAAAUGGCUAUAGUGUGAAGCCAUUGGACAAUGUGGCGGUGCCUGACAUGUGUAUAUUUUGUUUUGAGGUGCUUGACUGUGAGCUGAACAAUAUAGAAGCGCCUGGUACACCCAAAUUCACAAAUGAUGCUUACCCAUUAUUUGUAACUUGGAAAACAGGGCGUGAUAAGCGAUUACGCGGUUGUAUUGGUACAUUCAGUGCCAUGCAUUUGCACAAUGGACUUCGUGAAUAUGCAUUAACGAGUGCUUUAAAAGAUUCGCGCUUUGCGCCCAUCGCGAGGGAAGAGUUACCCAAAUUGACUGUGUCUGUAUCGAUUUUACAAAAUUUCGAAGAGGCUCACGGGUAUCUCGAUUGGACAUUAGGCGUACAUGGCAUACGUAUUGAAUUUUUGAAUGAACGUGGUUACAAGAGGACUGCUACUUAUUUGCCACAAGUGGCUACUGAACAAGGUUGGGAUCAAACCCAAACCAUAGACUCUCUACUCAGGAAGGGGGGCUACCGUGCAGCAAUCACCCCGGAAACUCGAAAAUCAAUCAAGUUGACACGUUAUCGCUCACAAGAAAUUCAAAUGAAUUAUAAAGAGUAUCGUGAAGUGUUGGAACGUCGGGCGCAAUAUGGCAAAGUACAAUGCUAACAAACACCGAAAAUGCGUUUCAAACAACACCAACAAAUCUUAAUGCAGCAACAGAAACAAUUUCAGUUACAACACAAACAGACUAAAAACAUAAUGAAGUUGUCAAAACAAAACUUUCAAAAUCCGCAUCAACGCAAGGAAUACGUUGGUGUACAACAACAACAAUUACCGACUAUACCACAUAAUAGAUAUUAUCAUUAUUAUAAUUCUUAUUAUCUAUAGUUUAUAGCUAUACAAAAAACAACGCGCCGCGCCAAUGCUAACUACAAAAGAAAAAAAAACAUUAACAAAAAUCAUAAAGACGGCAGUAAUAAACGCGUUUUCCAAAACAAUAAUAAUUUUCUGAUAAAAAACAUAUAUAAAUAACCGUAAUGGUACAUAUUUAUGUAUAUGUAAAGUUCAAAUAAUCAAAAAAUCAAAUUAUAAUGCUAAUUAAAUUACUAAAAUUUUAUUCAUUUUACUUUCAAGGCGGAUGGUAAUAUAUUCUACACGCCGACGUGCUUCUUAAUACAAAUAUGUACAACACAUACAUACAUGUAAACAGUAAAUGAAUUUUAAUUUGCAAUAAAGCUAAAUAAAACAUAUAUAUUAUAUAACUAAUUCUUGCAAUAUACAUGAAGUACGUACAGCAAUUCGGACUUUUAGAAACUAACGGAAAAAGCAAUUAUUUUGUCCCUACAGUAAAAAUAAAAGAAAUAAUUGUUGCGUACAAACGUUUGUGAAACGACGAACAAGAAGAAAUGGUGUUUUCAGUAAUAUUUUAAAUUGAGAGUACACAUAUAUAAACUAACAGUACUUUGUCAAUAUAUUUAUAUUUAUAUUUCGAGAUUUCGUUAAGUUGCAAUUUAUUUACUGUUCUGCAAUACAAAACAAAAAAAACAAUUUAUUUGCAAUAUUAGUGCACCUUAUUUUUACUAAUCAAUUAUUUAGCAUUCGAUAAUUUUGGUUAUGAGAAUAGUGUUUUAUUAUUCGAAAUUUUAUAAUAUUAAAUAUUUGGAAGCAACCUUCCAAAACGAGAUUGCUUUCGAUGAGUUGUUGUUAUCUUUAAGACAGCAUUUAAGUGACAUUUUUGCUCUUAAUCAAUCCUAAAAUUUAGUGGAAUUAAUGUUGUAAGCAAUUUUUAGGAAAUAAAAGAAUAAUUAAAAAGUCGGCAAAGAGUUUUAUUGAAUAUGAGGUGUAUGCAGUGUCUGUAUUAUAUUAUCGGAUUCAUGUGUGUAUAUGUAUAAAAUACAGAGCAAAAUGCUUUUUCCUGGACAAAACUAAAUAAAUUGCAUUGCUUCUGGUAAAUAAUCGGCCUUUUUAUCCUGAUUUUAAAUGCUUUGAAAGUGGUUUGUAAAAUUGCCCCACAUCUGAUAAAUUUUCGGUCCUCAGGUAAACGUGCUCUUAUGAAAUGGAUUAGGAUUUAUAUCCGUUAAUGUGGGGUCUCUAAAACGGCAUAAUCCGAAACAAUUGGGUUAAAUUCUUUGGUGCUACAUCAUCUCCUGCUGGCGUAUACAUUUUCUAAGUUAUAUAUAGUCCAAAUUUUAUGAAAAAAACCUCGUUCGUAUGGAAAUUCUAUGAUAAAAACUUACUCAAUUGAAGACUACUAAAGAAAUUAAGCAGCUAAAUUAUUUAUAUUUCUAUAAAAUACUUUAUCACAUGGUUUUCAUAUAAUUUCAGAGUAUUAAAUAUAAGCAAAAUUUUCACUUCACUUUAAAAUAAUUUACAUUUUUAAAUUAAUUUUCAAUACAAAAAGGGAAAUGCACUAUAAAUCUGCGCAUUUCCUUUUCUCGCCAUUUUCACAAUGGUCGGCUGAACAUGGCGGAUGUGCUAUUUCGUUAUGCCAAUACGAAACGGAAGUGCACAGAAACAAUGUAGCGAAUCCAUGUCUACAACAUUAAUGAAGAAAUAAUUCGUAAAUUAACCAAAUGUUUCCUCCGUAAAUUGAAAAAUUUCAAGCAAAAUAAAAACAAAAAAGUAAUACAAAAAGCACGAACCGCAUACAAAAUUUAAAAGCAAAUGUCAAAGUUAGUGAAAACGUGAAGUACGACUAGUAAAAAGAAGUUAUUCUAUAUUCAGCAACAAAACUCAAAGCAGAAAAACAGACGGUCAGCAAAUUAACGAAAUAACUAGCAGUGGAGCAGCAACAAAAACGAAGGCGACGGUGGUGUAAGAGGCAACAGCACAUCAGCGGUGUCAAUGAUAGCUCAUAAGAGGGCACUCAUAAUCAUUAAAUUGGCAAAUUGUUUUCGGCAAGAAAUAGGUUAUUUUAAAGCGUUCAAAAAUUUACGGCUUUUCUGUAAUUGUCGAUAAAGCCAUCUAAGUUUGAUAUUGCUGACAAAAGCUGUCGCUUGCAAUUUCAUUUUGUUGCAGUCAAAAAAACUGAUCAAGAACACAUAAAAAACGCACACAUUUCAUCUUACUAAAUAAAGGAGACAAGACGCACGUCACCACCAAACUCACACCAUUUGUAUUUAUAACGUACACAAAGGUUAGUUACUUUCCUUUGUUUGAUGUCAAUGCGCACUCUAUUGGAAUCUGAGUAAUCUGUAAACAACGCCGGUUAGCGACUCUGUGCCCACUCUUCUAAACAGGUCAAUAUCCUCACCAACAAAGUCUUUUGCCGCAGCGUGUUUAAUGCUAGUUUUCUAAAGAACUUGACUGCUGAUUGUCCAAAACACACGCGUUUGCUGUGGUUCGCAAAGUGAUUAUAAAUGGACUAAGUAAACAUUUCUAAUGACGCACUGGAGGCGUUAAAAUCCUUUUCGAUAUUCACAAUAUAAAUUUCUAUCGCACAAAUCGCCAGUCGUAUAUAUAUAUCUUGUUUCAUACGAAAAUUAAACUGCUCACCAUUACACCAAUUCGAGAAGAACGAAAGUGAAACCCAACGAAUGGGCGCUAAGGCAAGUACACCGACAGCCAGCGGCCAAAGCCCACGUUCGCGUACCUUUUCCAGCAGCUCAACUGGAACGGACGCUGCACAAGUCGCCAGCAAUAGCAGCGCAGAUGGUGGUCAAGGCUUUAACUUAUUGCGUACAUUACCCAGCCUACAGGUGCAACAUCAUGUCCAGAGUUCAAGCAUCGAUCGACAGCGUGCACGUAGUUUGAGCUCAGUGCCGGAUAUUCACAAUCAACAACAUGGCAACUCACAUGCAGCCUGUGUCGCUGGUGGACCGCAUACGCAUCCAGCGGUCGGUACAACGCCAAGUAGUAAUGCAUUUGGUGUAACCUCACAAGCACAUUCUUCAGUUGCCACCAAUUAUUUGCAACAUCCGCAUUAUCCGCUUGGUGGUGAUGUUAUGGGUUCGGGUAGUAUUCGUGUCAGUGUGCCGGUCAGUAGUAGCUCAUUUCACGACAACACACUGAUGCUGAAUGGCGGUAACGGUAGCGGUAAUAGCGGCCGUGGCAUGGUCAGCGCACCACAUUCUCAUACACUCAACUUUGAAGAUCUACAGGAUGUUUCUGCAACGGGCACAAAUUUUGUGGAGAGCAUUGCAUUGGCGGCAUCCUCAUCUAGUGGCGCGAGCGGUAUUGGUCGCGUCUACACAGCUACAUCGCUACCAUCGCACAUUUGGUCAUUUAAUGGUAUUAAGUGUCCAGUAUGUAACAAAUUUGUGUUGCCCGACGAUAUUGAAUGCCAUUUAGUUAUGUGCCUCACCAAGCCGCGACUGUCAUACAAUGAGGAUGUUUUAUCCGAUGCCAAAGGCGAAUGUGUAAUUUGCUUAGAAGAUUUGAAUCCCGGUGAUAUUAUUGCACGAUUGCCGUGCUUAUGUAUUUAUCAUAAAGGCUGCAUCGAUCGAUGGUUCGAGGUGAAUCGAUCCUGCCCCGAGCAUCCAGGCGACUAGUUAAACCUCACUAAUACAGUUUUAGUGAGAGAGAUGAAUUGGAAUCAUAACUAAUCAAUUUAUUGAGUAAUAAUGAAUCUAGUGAUAUAAUAUAUAUUCAGCAAAUAAUAAUAAAUAGAAAUUAGUUGUAAAUUCUUUUUUAUACUGUGACGUAAAAAUAGGUGAACAUAAUAACAUAAACUUUAAAUUAUAUAUAUAAAUAAAAAAAAAAACAUAAGCAAGUAAAUGAAAAAAAACGAAGAAAUGGUGAAAAAACUAAAAAAAAAAUGCAAAAAUAAGAUAUAUAUAUAUAUAUUGUAUGUUCGUAUAUUCUGUGUGUCUUAUCGUUUAUGAAUAUGAAUAUGCAAUAGUUUUGUUGUGAUUUAAAUUGUAUUGUAUAUAUAUUAUAUGAGGUGAAGUCGGGAUGUGUUAAGAGGGUAUACGGGCAUACAUGUGGCCCACGGUCAUAACCGUAAUAACAGUAAUAUUAAAAAAUAGAAGGUACCAACGCAGCAGCAACUCAACCGAACUCAAAUCAACUCAACACAACUACAAAGCAGCAGUAUACGAUGCACGGUAACUGCAAAGCCAUGUUUCGCACCGUUAAACCUUAAAUACAAAUGAAACACCAAUAACUGCAGCAACAAUAACAACGAUAAUAUAUGAUGGCAAGUAACGAACGUUGAAGGCGAAUGUAAAAGGACUCAAAACAAAAAAAAAAGGUGCUGUACACUGCAGCCCAGUGUGCGUUAGUUAUUUAAUUGUGAUCGUCUAUAUAAGUUUUGUAUAUGAUUUUUGCUCAUUUCAUGUUGACUGUUUUUGAUUUGGCUUAAAUUGUAAACACUUUCAUACAAGCAAACAAGCAAAAAAAAAGAAAAUAACAAAAAAAAUUAACACUAAAGCAAAAACAAAACAAAAAAUAGUUUUUUAGUAUAGGAAAUGUUGUGAAUUGUAAUUGAGAAGUAAAAGAAAUGUUUAUGUUGAGCCAAUAACUCCCCGCCGCGAUGAGAAAUCACCAUCAUCAAUAAAGCAAAACAAAAAAAUUAAACACAAAUCAAGAAAUUUACAAAUGUACAGGAAUGUACAUAUGCUUGUAUGUAUGUAUGUGAGGCAAGUGCAGAUACUGAAUAUCACCACGUCAACCGGUUUGGGGAGGUGGAUGCAAGCGCGUAGCAUACAUGGACGAGUUGUUACUUGGACCCAGUACACUUUACUCAAAUGUCAAUAUCAUUUCAUAAAUAAAUAAAUUUGAUAAUAUAUAUAUACAUACAUAUAUAUAUACACAUAUACAUAUGUAUAUUGGAUAAAAACUAAAAUCAACAAUUAAAUUUAAGCGAUUGUGGUAUAAUUCUAUGGAUGAUGGUUAAAAAUUAAGUUUAACUGAAUAUACAAGCAUACAUACAUAUAAACAACUAUAUUUACAUAUAUACAUAGCUAUGUAAUUUAGGUUUAGGCUCGAAAAAUUGUGGUCAUCAAAUGUCCAACAAAUAAAGCAAGAAACAAACAACAAGUAAACGCAUGUAAAUUGAAAAUGAAAACAAUAACUACAACACUAAAUGAAACACACACAUACACAAAAAUACACAUCACAAAUGUUAGAAACAAAACAAUAAACAGCAAAUAGAGAAGAAAGUAACGAAAUAACCAUUAAAGCAAAUAUUGCAACGCAUUUCACCGUAGUUGAAUACAACAACACAUAACGUAAAGUAGAAAAAGAAUCAAAAAUAGUGCGCUAAAAAACAAAAAAAAAAAAAUAUUAAUAACAAAGAAUAGUAACAGCAAAACGGAUGUGUGAGUAAGAGCAACAGAAGGUGGAAGUGAAUGAAAACAAAGAAACGAAGCGUACGUGAAAAUCUUGUCAAGCAUAUACCAAAUCAAUAUUAAGCGUAGCCGUUAAAAUUGUACAUACUUACAUAUUAUAUAGAUCAUAACGCAUACAUACACAAAAAUACAAAAAUACAUACAAAUUUAUAUACACGAAAGCGCGUACGCGCACAUUAGCGGUACAUUAAGUAAACAAAACAACAACAAAUUUAAAUUUAGUAGCAAUAAAAGAAAUUUAAAUUUUGAAAAUACAAAAAAAAAUUUUUUGAAUUGCUAAUGUAAUUAAAAAACAAAUUACACUCGGCCGAAGAAAUUCGAAAUUCAAUAAGGGCAUUGAAAAGCAAAAACAAAAGCAUUAAUGUAACACUCUUUAUGUGCUUGUACGUUGCUGUAUGUAAAAUGUAUUUGUAUUUGUUUUUUACCAAUCAGAAUUGUUGCUAUAAAUAAUAAAAAAAGAAAUAAAUAAAAAUUCUAGGAAGCGAAACGUAAAGGUGUUGAACUAAAAAACAGUUAUAGUAACUCUAUAUUUGAAUUUCUGUUUUCUUGUUUACCGUUUCAAUUUGUUUCCCAAUUUUGUUGUAUUUGUUUUGUUUUAUGUUUGGUUCAAUCUAUAUAUAAAAGAAUUUUUUAUACAAAUAUAUGUAUAACCGAUUUCUGAAUAUUGAAGCAACAAUAAGAUAAUUAUUUAAGUAAAUCGAUUAAGCGUUUUAACGUAUACAAAAUUUGUUUUUAUUUCGCGAAACUUAUCACCGAACAACUUAACGUAAUUCACUCGAAAAAGUGUUGCAAGUAGAAUGAGUAAGUAACUCCAUAAGGAAUAGGCGUUCUUUGCUGAGGUUCCCCACACACUACGUGAGGAGUUACGGAAAGGGGAAAGGAUCAUUUACCGAAAAAACCUCUUGAAACGUUUGAUACAAAACGAUUCAAGAAACUUGUUCUGCUUCCCAGGAAUAACUUAACACAGUUAGUGAGAUUUUAUACAGCUGACUGCAGGCUAAGGUAAUCUGGACAGCUUGGGUUACUAGUCUACGGAUCUGUGACCAAAGAGAGAGACAUCAGAGCACAUUUCCUUGAAGCAUACAGGCCUCCCUAAUUUUACAUCCUGUAAUAUUACUUUGUCCUUUUCCCAGGAGGUGCUGGCUAGCGACUUGAGGAUUUUGUUGCGACCCUGUACUUUGGCAUUAAUCGCGAUCGUAUGUGAAUUUCAACGCCAUCGACUGUGAUAUUAAGAAACAGUCUGCACUCCUUUAUCCAGCGCUAUGCAUUUAGUGGGGGAGAGUGUCAGGCUCCUUUCAGAAAAGAAGCGAGAAAGAUCGGUGAGAUAGCUGUUUACUUUCGAAUAUAUGCCAUCGAUUCCGUUGCCUGACGUCAGUAUUGUACAAUCAUCUGCUUAUGAAGGAGUUUAAAUAGUAGCGGGGGGCGGACAUCACCCUGCGGAACCCUCAGUAUAAUUCUUUUUAAAUUAAAAUUUUGAUUUAGAUUUAGUGCGGAUGGUUGCCGACCACUCAGAUAGUUCAUGAAAACUUGACAAUCCCCUGACCUUCCAAGCGGAAAUUUUGUAGAGAGCGGUUAAAAAUAUUCGAUUGGCUUGAAGAAAACGAAGGGUGUGAAUGUAGCUAAAUUUAGUUGACCUCUUAGUUUUAUUUGUAUGUUAUGUACAUUUUCCAAAUGUGAUGUGUAAUCAAAUGAGCAGUUAAAUAUAUAUUUUUUCCCAGCAUUGUAAAUUAAAUUCUAUAGACAUUUAUUAUAAUGAAACAAAAAAUAAAAGUAUUAAUUUAGUGCUUCAAAUAUAUUUAAUUGCACAAAAUUUAUGUCUAAUAACUCUUUACAUUCAGAUUCACACCCUAAUAAACCAACAUAUGAGCUAACAAGUAUUAAACAAAACAUUACUACUAGUCACUCUGUACUUCGGAUAAUUUACUUAAAAAAUUAUCUUCUACAACACCCUGCUAUAAUUUUAUAGCCAGAUAUUUCAAAGCACUUUAUUUAUUAGAAACAUAGUAAAUGUGGCAUACAAUUAAAACAUUAUUUUAUUGAAACUUUUUGCAAUUUGACAAGCAUUAAUUUAAGUAAAAAUAAAUUUCUAAAGAACAAGACAUAUUGCAAGUUAAGAGAAUUUUUUUAGUAGGAGUGCUGGCAACACCAUAUGUAUGCGAAAUCCACCAAUUGGAAUUGGAAAAACAAAUGUUCCGAGGCGGUCAGUCUUCUGUCAAAUUUCUUAUUAGUCAGUAGUCGGUUGUUGAUUUUUCCUUGGCGGUGCAGCUCCACCAGUCGUAAACAGAAUUUCCACCAAAACAUAGCGUGUGGUCAAAGUAGAUAGCUCCCAGAAUAGAAAGAGCAUCCAUCGCGUAAAGUUUUUAGUAUAAUUUACAUAAAAAUCACGUACCAAUUGCGCUUUUCCGUAAGUGAACAAGUGAAAUUUCACUUUGCAUGUGGUGGGUGAAGAAGCGCCCCGCGUGAGUGUGUGUAUGUGCAACAAAUUUCGAGUGCAUCAUAUUUAGCAAAUAAAGGAAAUUUAAGUGCAAUUUUGUUUUUUUUUUAUACGGUUUUUAGUGAUUUGUUUUGAGUUUUUGGUGUGUUUAUGGGGUUUCAUAUUAAAUUGUUGCGUCGGGCAAUUGGAAAUUGAAACCAAAACAAUCCCCCCCGCAGGUGGCGGUGGGUAGCCACAAAUGAUAGAUGAUUUUCGGUGUGGGCGAUUUGCAGGUUGUGCAUUCAAGGUGCCGGCGCAAAACAGUGUUUUUGCAGCGUGUGUCACAUCUUUUAGGAGGCGUACCUAACAGAUUGUUUGAAGAAUUUCGAGAAGAGAUAUGCAAAUAAUUUGAGUCAUGAUGGAAAAUAUUACUGAAAGUUGGACCUAUUAUAUGUACGUGCUGCUGACACUGGUUCCAGUCUAUUUGGCAUUUCAAUUAAUUAAGUUUUUCGGCUGGGAAUUGUUUGUCAACAACUGACACAAACUAUAUAUAUAACAAAAACAACUAUAACAAUAACAAAUAUAACGAACAAAAUAAAGUGUUUUCUAACAUAGCAGUACCAAGUUGCUAGUGGUAGCUGAUAAAGCACAAAUAAGCUCCGGACUAACCAAAAAAUAAAUGAAUGACUCUUAUAACACCUUGAGGAUAAUACAAGCAACGGUGAAUAGGUGAGGAUCGAGUAAUAGCUCACCAUCAGCAAUAAAAAUAAUAAAUAUAGCAUAGUCAAUGUCUUGCGCUCAACCAACGCAGUGAGUACAAGAAACGCUGGCAGCCAGCGUGGCAUAAAGAAAGCGAAGUCUAAACAAAAAACAAAAGCAACAAGAACAACAAAAAACUCUAAUAUCAUCUACGUGAAAAAGGUGUGUGUAGAAUCCCGUUAGCAGUGCAAGUGCCAAAGUGUAAACCGGUUGUUGUUUGUGUUAUUUGUGUGGGGGAGAGUGUGCGAAGAAUUAUUCAGCACACAGUAAGCACGCGAGGAAGUCGCUCCUCGUCGUCGUCGUCGCCAAAGUAACGUUACUGCUGUGGCCCAGCUAAGUGGUGAAAGAAUAUCCACUGGCACCUACAUAAGCAACCGAGCAAGCACAAGCGCGUCUUGGCAGUUAGCAGUUGGUCCAAGUACCAGUCAGUACUCAGCUACACACAUACAUACAUACUUACACACGUGCAAACACACGAGCGGCAGGGGCAGCGGGACAGUAAUUUCCUUAGCCAGCUUUUUUACAUUCUUACACACACACACACGCACGUACAUACGUGCAGCGUCAUCUUCGUUUGUGGCCGCAGUGCAUGCAAUUCUAACCACACAUAGCUGUAUAUGUAAAUGUGUGUGUGUUUGCGAUUUUUGCUCAUUGCUAUGCGCCCGCGUUUGGCAUACAAAUGAAGAAAUAUGAGUGCGCGUUUUUAAACUGAAAACGUUGUUGAGCCGCACAGCAGUAACAGCAACAGUAACAACAACAACAACGUCAAUAAUAACAAAAGCAAAAAGCUGCGACAGUGUAAGACAUGCACAGUGGGUGCUAAGAGUAUACUAACAAUAAGAAGUAGCAAAAUUCCAACAACAACUUCAAGGAAAGUCAAUUCAAGCACCAUAAAGCCAGCCCAAACCAGCGCUACGUCACUCGCCCGCGCGCUCAAGUCAUCAGUGACGUCGUUAACAGCAUUGUCGCCGUUGUUGUUCUCAUACUUAUACUACAUACAGUCGCUGUGUUAUCCACGUCCUCUGUAUCAGCCAGCUUCUAUGUUUUCGUCUUCGUCCUCAACUUCGUGACCGUCGUCAUCAUCGUUAUCCGGUUUGCACUCGCCACUGCGUCCGUUAGUAUAUAUUACAGUUAGAGUGUAGUGUGUGCGCCGCAGGAGCUGAAGCGUUCCAAUAUUAGAGCUAUAAGCAAACGUAGAAAUCAAAUCUCGUGUAGCUUUAAAUGAAAUAUUAAUAUUUGUCAUCAUUCGUUUGGCGAGUUAAGUUGGCUGCGGAACGUUUUUCCGCCAAAGUCAACGCGCCGCAGUGGGUGACUCGCCAGAGUUGACUUGCAAGUCAAAAAUAUUUAGAAGCAAAAAGUCAAAAAAAAUAAAGCAAGACAGCACGAAGGAGCACAAAACACACCAUAUUACAAGCAUACCCACUCAGCGACAAGCAUUUAAACGCACAACCUUAAAAGUAGAAAAUAAAAACGCGAAAAAGCAAAAUUUUCAAAGGCAAAAAGAGCCGACACUUCACAGCUUACGAGUAGUUGUCGUCAUCGUCGUCGCAGUGGUUCAACAGUUCCACUAUUUUUUGAGCUUUGCAGCAAUUUCAGCGUCGCUGCACACUUCAAAUUCAUAACUUUGUAAAUACACACACAUACACACAAAUAUAUGUACAUAAAUACAUAUUGUACAUUAACUGGUGUAUGUAGGUACAUAAAUAGAUUUGUAACAUAUCCGUCGUUGGCGUAAGAAGUGCACGUUGCAGUGACAGUUACAGUUAUAGUGUUUAAGUAGUGUGUAACAUAUAUAUAAGUAAGCAACAAUAACAAAAACUAUAGCAACAAACAACAACGUUCCUGUGCCUGUGUAUGUGCUUCAACUUGUACGCUUAGCAUAUACAUACAUAUAAUUGCUUGUGUGCGUGUGUUGUUGCUGUUCAUCCUCCCGCUUUCUCUCUCACAGCGCGUUCGUGUGUGUUUAAAGGAUAAUAAUUUUCCUCAAAAUGCGUCUGCAAUAUCGCAAUAAGAAAGCGACGCUAUGGCUGAUGGUCACCAUCGUUGUUGUCACCAUGUUCCUCUUCAAAUUCACCGAAUUCGCGCCAACGUGUUUCUUCAAGAACGACGUUACGUCGCCGGAUGGAUCGCUGAUGGUGCGCGAAGAGAAAUAUGUGAUGGGUGAAGAUCAAAAGACUUAUUCAUAUGGACGCGAAAUGCCGCUAAUAUUUAUUGGCGGUGUGCCCAGAUCGGGGACAACGCUGAUGCGCGCCAUGUUGGAUGCACAUCCGGAUGUAAGAUGUGGCCAGGAGACACGUGUCAUACCACGUAUACUGCAAUUACGCUCGCAUUGGAUGAAAUCGGAGAAGGAAUCGAUGCGACUGAUGGAGGCGGGCAUCACCAAAGAGGUGAUGAACGGUGCAAUAGCGCAAUUUUGUCUCGAAAUCAUCGCUAAACAUGGCGAACCAGCGCCUCGUCUAUGCAAUAAGGAUCCGCUGACGCUAAAGAUGGGCUCCUACGUGAUAGAACUAUUUCCAAAUGCGAAGUUCCUGUUUAUGGUAAGGGAUGGGCGCGCCACAGUGCAUUCAAUCAUCUCGCGCCAUGUGACGAUAACCGGCUUCGAUUUGACCAGCUACCGGCAGUGUAUGCGGAAGUGGAACUUCGCCAUCGAAGUGAUGCACAACCAAUGCAAGGAGAUCGGCAAGGAGCGCUGCAUGAUGGUCUACUAUGAACAGUUGGUUCUGCAUCCCGAAGAGUGGAUGCGGAAAAUAUUGAAAUUUCUGGAUGUUCCAUGGAAUGAUGCGGUUUUGCAUCAUGAGGAGUUCAUAAAUAAGCCAAAUGGUGUGCCGCUCUCAAAAGUUGAGCGCUCUUCGGAUCAGGUUAUCAAACCGGUGAAUUUGGAAGCACUCUCUAAAUGGGUAGGCAAUAUACCCGAAAAUGUGGUACGUGAUAUGGCCGACAUUGCGCCCAUGCUAUCGGUGCUCGGUUAUGAUCCUUACGCGAAUCCACCGGAUUAUGGUAAGCCAGAUGCUUGGGUACAGGAUAAUACUUUUAAGGUAAAGGCCAACCAGCAACUAUGGGAAAAUAAAGCGAGAAACGAGCUGCAUCUGGUCGAGCAUCAAAUACCCAAGGAGCCCAAAUCGCAGGAGGUGGACGAUAGAAACAACAACAACAACAUCAACAGUCAACGACGACGCUACAUAAGCACGAACAGUAACAACAACAACAACAACAAUGAGAAUAAUAACAGAAAUGAUAAUACCAACCAAGCGGUAAUGGACUAUGAGGAUGACAACACUUACACCAACACUAAUACCAACAACAAUAUUAAUAGAAAUGACAACCCAUCGCCGCAGCGGCACGAUGGCAACCUUGUGUGGGUGAAGCCGUUGAACAACGGCAAAAGUAUGAAUGCGCAGCGAGCGGCGAAAGGCGCGCAUCACAACAACAACAAUGUCAACACAGACACAGAUACCGACACAGAUACAGACACAGAUACCGACACAGACACAGAUACAGGCACAGGCACAGACACAGACACAAAUGCAGAUACACGCACAUGAUAUCAGCCAUUUGGCGACAUCGCACAGCCUUCCCAAAAACAACAACAGCAAAACCAACAACAACAAAACAAGCCGCAGCAGCAGCAGCAACAGUACCACCGACAACGGAUAGUGCUGCCACGUCGUUCGAGUUAUCGGCGUCGUUUGCGUCGCAAUCAUUGAACAGGCUUUUGAAAGAGCACACAAAUCCGCUGUGACACACACUAAAACAUCCACACACACACACAUAUAUAUUUAUAUAUAUUCCAAUAGACCUAAAAAGUUAUAUAUAUACACACAUACCUACACUUUUAAAAUUGUAACUCGCAUUGAACUAAGCUGAAUGGCGCUGAACUAAAAUGAACUGAAGUGCACUGAGGUGUUGAUCCGCGGCCAACGCAGUCGCAUUCACUCUGACAAUGACAAUGACUACGGUGACAAUCCCAUUGAGUGGAAAGUGGAAAACGCGCAGCGGAAGCAGAAGUCCACGACGACUACGACGACGGCAGUUUACAAUAAGUGAGAAAUAAACGCAACUUUCAAUUGAAUGGUUUGCUGCCAUAAUAGCUGCGGAAUGACAGCAGAAAGCAGAAAAAAAUCAAACACUACAAAAAAACACAAACAAAAAUUAUAAAAAAAAGCAGAAAAAGAAGUAAUUAUAAAAUGUAAACGUGUGCUGUAUGAAAGAAUGGCGAAAAAGUGUUGUGAAGUGUGGAAGACGUGCAUAAAAACAAAUUAAUUUAAAACAAGAUGCCAAAGUGAAAUUCCACUUUGUGCGUCUGUGUGUGUGUGUGCGUUUGUUUUUGUUGUUUUCCAUUGUACUGAAAAGGGUGGCUUAGCAAAAUGUAGCGGAAAUGUUAACGUAACUGUUGUGAAAGGGAUUAGCUGUGACGGCGGCACGAAUUUUAAUUGACCAACCUGCGUUGAAAUGCCCAACUAACUAACUGUUUAUAUACAUAAGUAACUGUAGAGGCGACAAACCGACCGACUAACAAACAAACCUACCAAUAAAUAUAAAAUAAGUAGCCAACUUUUAAA